AUGCAGAGGGGCAGGAAGGUCACGACUUGCUGGAGGUCGAAUGAAGUAACCAUUGCCAGAGACAGCUUCAAUUCCAUCGUGGCGCGGCAAAAGCUGGACGUUACGGAGGUCAUGAUGAGACACAGCAACAUGGGCAGGCAGGCGGAGAUGGGACCGGGUUGGUGUCCUUCGGGCUUGGUCUCCAGGCAGCUGGCAGAGGUUCUGGCGAAACGCCAGGGCGCGAGUGACAAGCUGCCACUGCGCUUGCAGGACGCGCGGGCCGCCAAGUAUGCGCAAGGCAUGCAAGGCAUGCAAGGCGUGCAAGGCGUGCAAGGCGUGCAAGGCCCACCGGCUUCCGAAGCACCCGAUUCGCCCAGAGGGACGAUCAAAAUCACGAUGUCUAACGAGUCUAGCAUUGAGGCUCAGCUGGACUCAACCGACUUACCUUGGGCAUCACCAGCGAUGAGCCGGGGUACAGAAGUCCCCGACACCUCGCCGAGCACCAGAGGUGAUCAGAAGGCCAUACGCCAAGAGACACCGUCAAUGCAGCCGCUCUCCGCCCGAGUGAGGCCGACGCCACCUCCACCGUUGCCGCACAAUCAGAGCCAGAAUCAGGCCCCUCGACCCAUGUCUGCCCAGUGCAAGGUCAACAGCCAUGGCAAAGCCGCGAGCGGCGCAGUGCCGAAUCCGAGAAAUGCCAGAAGCACCUUCUCUUGGCGUCCGAAUGAGCACAGCUUGCAGCGCAACAGCUUCAACUCCAUGGUCGGAAAGUCGAGGCUUGAUGUGACAGAGGUCAUGAUCCGUGAUGCCAGCAUGGGGCGCCAGGCAGAAAUGGGGCCGACAUGGUGUCCCGGUGGCCUAGCAUCCAGGAAGAUGGCGGAGGCUUUGAUAUGCCUGUGCCCUGAGUUGCGUGUGCUCUUGUCUGAGGCCGCGAGCGCUGUGUACGCUUUCUUCGCAGGCGAGGAAAGCCUCGAGGUGCGAAGCGAUAUUUCUGCCUUCACAACUGGAGAGAUCAUGUAUGUGACCUUGACCAUGAUGGUUGGUGCGGUCGUUCACAGUAUCAUCAUUGGCCAGGUGAUCAACGAGGUGACCAGCGACAGUACCGUGAAUGCCUUUCUGAAAAACAAGCUGAAGCUGGCCAAAGAAUUUGCAGUCCAUUCGCAGUUGGAUGCGACGGGUUCCAAGUCGCUGUAUUUUUGGCUGGAGCAAAAUGUUCGCGACCUCAUGGGGCAGCAGUACAAGAUGGAUGAGAUGCUGCAGCUUAUUGCCAAUGACAUGAAGGACCUCCAUGCUCGGCUCUUCAAGGGCCAGCUUGCAAAAAGCAAGCGGGGGUUCCUUCGCGUCCCCUUUGUCACGUCAAUGCCACCGCGGCUCCCGAUGUUGCUGUCGCUCGCAUUGGUGUCCAAGCAAUACGAGGGGAAUCAGCUCCUCUUCCAAGCAGGAGAUGCAGCGUGCCACCUAUACCUCGUCUUGAGUGGUACCUUUGCCUUUGUGGCACGGCCUGAGCGGCACACCAAAAGCCCCAAGGCAAACGACAUGUGGCCAUACCAGCUGUUUUCGCAUGGGAGUUACUUCGGAAACUAUGAGCUGCACGACGGCACCAAGCAGUUUCGACGAGGCACCGCUCGCUGCGAAACGCCCGAGGGAGGGCAAGUCCUGCGCCUACAGAAGGACCACUACCAGCGUCUCUGCGGUGACUUCCCUCAGUUUGCAUCAGCAUGGAAGUAUGAGGCCAACCGUCGUGAGUGCCAUCGUUGUUGGCUCCACGCAAACCACACCCGCAUGCUUCCAUAUCGUCUCCUGGCAGCUCGCCGGAUACAGAAGCUUGUUCGUCGCUGUUACCCGCAGAAGGUGGACAAGUCCAAAGAUGAGGCAGUGAAGAAAGAUAGCUCCGGCCUGCUGAUGGUUGGCCGGCACUCAUUGAGGUCAACGUGCUCUUCUGGCGAUUUCAGUGAAGGGGUUGGUUCCUUCUCCAUGUCGGUCUUCCACCAGAAUUCUGACAGCAGCACAGGCCGAAAGCCGCUGCUGUCGCCUUCAGCAAACCUGAUGAGUACUGGAAUGGAGACCGUUCCGGUGGCCUUUCCGUCUUGCCAGGCAGACGUUGCGAUGUUGAGGAGUGAAGUGGAGACGCAGGCCAGUGAUGCCCUAAACCUGGCCCUGUCAACCCGAACAUCCUGA